AUGAGAUCCUCAGUUAUCGCAGCAUUGUGUGCAGCACAACUGGUAUUGGCGAGCAAUCUUCAACAUGACUUGGCUGGGCGGGGAAUAAUUACACCGGAAUUCGCUGAGAGAUCAUCAGAGCUCGUUGUCAAUAAGAAGGAGAUCACGAUUGUACAGGCUAAGAGCGAGGAAAUCAUUAUUAUCUGGACCAAUGAUGGCAAUGGCGCUGCAACUAAAACAGUGACCGAGACGAAAACGGUUCCUCAAGUAGCUGGUGCGACAGUGGCAGCAGCAGCACAGGCAACCCAUACCGUUGUAGUGGGAGGCCCCGCUGGAAAGGUAUAUACACCUGAGACGGUCAACGCUGCUAUAGGGGAUAUGAUCGUAUUCAAUUUCGAAAUGGCAAAUCACACACUCACACAAUCAGCUUUCACAACACCGUGUGAAAAGCUGGCUACCGGUGGAAUGGAUAGUGGUUUCGUACCAAAUGUUAAUAAUACCAUCAGUCCACCCCCAGCCAUGGCUAUGCAAGUCAUGGUUGAUACUCCUCAAUGGUUCUACUGUCGUCAAGCUGGCCACUGCGGAUCAGGAAUGGUUUUCAGUAUCAACCCCACUGCCGACAAAACUCAAGCGCAGUUCAAAGCAAUGGCUGUUGCACAAAAUGGUACUGGAACCCAGAGUGCUAUUCAAGGAGGAUCCUCUGCUGGCGGAGCCAGUAGUGGAACAUCUUCAAGUGCUGUUGCUUCAGCUGCCGGUGCAGUUUCUACCGCGACAGUUGCUUCUGGGACAGGGACAGUUGGUUCUGAUGGAACAUGCUCAUGUAGCUGUCUUUGUGGACAAGCUGCGUUCCCAAAUGCUGCAGUGCAGGGAGUUGGAAUGUUUGGUGGAGUGUCUGGUGCUAUGUCCAUGUCUUUGCUAGAGAAAUAA